UAUAGUGAAAGUGGGGAGUCGGCAACACUUCAAAACAUUCCGGUUAUGCUUUGUUGAAAUCGGCAGACGCUUUUCAAAGACCUGGUCGUUGUGAAAUAACAAUUAUUUAAAAACGGACAAAUUUCCAGUUUUCCUAUCAAAUUUAUUUUAUUAGUGGGUAUAAAAAUAAAUGAUUUACAGUGUUUCAUCACGCCUAAUGAAAAUGGGAGACUUAGAUGAAACAGGUCGUGAAGAAAUUCUGCUAAAGCUCCAGUCACAGAAAGAAAAUUUAGAAGUGAAAAUAAAAGAGAAGUGCAAUGAGCUAAAAAAACUCUGCAUAGCUGAAGCAGAACUGACAGGUGUCAUCCCGAUGGAGAUCCCGCUCGAUCCCGAUGAGAGCCCUCCCAAGAUAAGACGAAGAGUAGGCACUAUGUACCCGUAUAACGCGGAAAUGCUAAGUCUUCUCACCAACCAUGAAAGGGGGGAAGAGAGAAAUCCAAAAAGGAAAAUCCCGCUUGGCUCUUGGAACAAAAACAGCACAGACGGGCAUGUCAACAGUCCGCCUCAUUAUACAUGGUCACCGCAGAAUGUCUCGCCUAAGAAAAAAAAGCCUACCACGCGUUCUUUUACCUAUGUCCAUAAGUUGAAAAUAAUUAAAAAAUGGUAACAAAUUUA